AUGGAGCUUCUGGAACUUGUCGAAUACGAGCCCACAACUCGUCCUUUCCAGUGCGACUGGGAUUCUUGCAACAAGGUAGGCGGGCCACCCGGCCUCGAACGGCAUCCGUCCACCUGCCAUGCUGACGGCCGGCAGAGCUUCAACCGCAAGUCGGACCUUCAGAGGCACUACAGGAUACACACCAAUGAACGCCCCUACACCUGCGCGACGCCCGGCUGCGGCAAGAGCUUCAUCCAACGCAGCGCUCUGACCGUCCACAUUCGAACGCACACAGGCGAGAAACCGCACCAAUGCCAGCACAUGGGGUGCGGCAAGCGCUUUUCCGACUCGUCCAGUCUUGCCCGCCAUCGACGAAUUCACACGGGGAAGCGCCCGUACAAGUGCGCCCAUGAUGGCUGUCUCAAGAGGUUCGCACCGUCCUUCGCCCCACGUCCCCCCGACCAUGUCUCACGCUCGCGCAGCUUCUGCCGGAAGACGACCAUGGUCAAGCAUCAGCGGAGAUCUCACCAGCGAGGACUUCACCCCAACGAGUUGCUUGACGACUGCACCUCCGACUCGGACACGGGGGAGUCGCCGCCCACGCCGACGCAGUCUACCAUGUCCUGGCCGGUGCAGGGCCCCAUGAUCUCUCACCCUGCCAUGACGCACGCCGCCCACGGCAUGCACCGAGCCGCCACCUUCGCCCACUUUGGACACCAGAUGAACAACUACAACUUGAGCCAGCAGAUGCCUCACCGGCACAGCGCCUCCGUCGAGGCGCCGCAAGACUUCCACGCCACCCCGAACCAGAGCCAGCAGCACGGCAUGCAGAUGCUUCACCGCACCCCCAGCAUGCAGCAGCACUACUACGUCAUCGAGCAGAGCAACCCUGGCAUCGCGACGAUGAACACCAGCAUGCAACCGGCCUACCACAUCCCUCGCCAGCACCUCGAGCGCGCCGCCAUCGACAUUCCCUACUCGGCCGGAAGCAUGACCUCCCUCAGCAGCAGCCCCGCCAGUUUCUCUCCCGCCUCCGGCCAGAGCCCGACGAUUGCCGACGGCAUGUACACGCACCAGGCACCGCCGGCCCCCUACGCCAUGCAGGACGCCUCGCCCGUCGACCAGCAGCAUCGCAUGGUCCAGUACGCCCAGCAGAUGCCCCAGGCCAUCGGUCAACCCCAGCCCCCGCCGGUGCAGAGCACGCCGGACCAGUACCAGCCGCCGUCGCAGCCCGAGCCCGAGGCUUGGUACCAGUAUCAGUCUCCCGUCGAGGUCGCCACCAUCGGCUCCCUUCCUCCCUUUGGCUCCGCCGAGUACGACCUCUUCGCCGGACCCAAGAUCGAGUUUGACGAUCCGUCGAUGCAGCUGCCCAGCAGUAGAAUCGAAACCAUGUAA